AUGUCCAGGACAAACCUGCUGAGAUCGUUCGUCGUCGAGCGACUAACAGCAGCAGCUGAGGAGAUAUUAGGAGCUUUCGAGAGGACGAUAGAGGAGUAUGAGGACGAGAGAGAGCGACAGAGGAGACUGCUGGAUAUGGUGUUGAAGCCCAGGAUCACGUUACACAGAAUAGACUAUGUACAGUUAUCUGAUCAGCAGUGUCAUGAGCAGGGAGGGAGACCCAGUCUGGUCAAGGAGGAACAACAGGAACUCUGGCUCAGUCCACAGGAAGACCAACUUCCAUCGCAGGAUGUAGCUGAUACCCCUGAGACCAUAUUUACUCCUCUUUGUGAUGGAAAUGAUGAUGGUAAAGAUCAGCCUCUGCCCUCGCAACUCUACCAAACCAAGACAGAGGUAGACACAGAGCCCCCAGUUGUCACCUUACUUGAACUGAUACAAUUGGAUGCUAAAGAAGACAACGUUUUAAUAUCAGAACCAACAAGUGACCACCAUACCCUCUCUGACUGCUGUCAUGUAACUAAGAGUGAAGCUGACAAUACUUACAGUCACCAAAACUAUGAGGAAGCAGGUUCAACUCGGAAAGCAAGGCUGAAACCUCACAAGAAGCCCUACAACAAGUGCAAGAUUUGUGGGAAAGUGCUUUAUAAUUUGGAAAUUUUUAGAAUUCAUAUGACAUUUCACACAGGGGAAAAGCCUUUCAAAUGCACCACUUGUGGGAGACAUUUUACCUGGAAGCAUAACAUGGAGAGGCAUACAAGGACUCAUGCAGGGCAGAAGCCAUUCAGAUGCACCACGUGCGGGAAAAUGUUUACCCAUAAGUCAAGUUUUCAAAGGCACAUAAGGACUCAUACAGGGGAGAAGCCAUUCAGAUGCACCACAUGCGGGAAAAUGUUUACCUGGAAGUCACAUUUCCAAACGCACGUUACAUCCCCACAACCGAGAGAGUGCCCUCUACAGAUCAAAGCAGCCCUACCAGAACCGGCAGAGGGACCAUUACACGACCUGUGGCCCGGAGACUGGGUAGUGGUGAAGGACCACAGAUGA